CUUCCUCCGCUAUUCUUCCACUAUUCUUCAGGAAACCCCAGCCCCCCCUUGGCCAGCAGAGUAUAAAUAGCGGCGCGAACCUUGCAGCUUCGUCAGUCACUGCUCUGCCAGGUUGAGAACUGCUCGCAAAAAUGGUCUUCGUAUUGGCUCCCGCAACUAUCGUGCUGAUGAUGAUGGUCCUUGUGGCCGUCGCAGUGCAGGAGACCGCACGGAGACGAAGAAAGCAACAGAAGCAGCAGUAUUUCCAACAAGCCUCACCGACGACAAAGAGCAGUGACGACCUGGAGAUCGGCACCCUAACACCACCACCCGGCCCGACUCCAAUCCCUUUCUUCGGCAACCUUCUCAGCCUCCGGAAGUACAGCGAGUGCCCCUACCAAGGCUUCUGCGAGCUGAAGGAGAAGUACGGCCCCGUGUACGCCCUCAAGAUGGGAAACAACCCCACCGUAGUCGUCAACACCUUCGACACUAUCAAGGAAGUCCUCGUCAACAAGGCUAACUCAUUCGACGCUCGCCCAGACCUCCUCCGCUUCAAGCUCUACUUCGGAGGAGACCGCCAGCACUCCCUGGCCCUGUGUGACUGGAAUGAACAUCAGAAGCGCCGCAUGACCCUCACCCGCUCCUUCCUCAUGUUCCGCGGCCAGGAGAACAAUUUUGCCAAGUACGAAUCCAACGUUGUGUCCGAGAUGCCCACCCUGAUCAACGAGGUGGACAAGUCGCUGGGCAGCCCCAUGCCGGCCAAGGAGCUGUUGUCGUACUGCGCCCUCAACAUCUUCUCGGGCUAUAUGUGCUCCAAGAAGUUCCAGUACGAGCAGGAGGACUUCCAGCAGGUGGCCCAGAACUUCGACUACAUCUUCCGAGACAUCAACAACGGUCACGCCAUGGACUUCCUGCCCUCCCUGCAGCCUCUCUUCACCUCCUACAUCAACGAGAUCAAGUCCAACGUGUCCAGCAUCCGCCAGUACAUCCUGGACAACAUCUGCCUCGAGAAGUACGAGCGUCUGCGGCAAGACCCUUCUGAUGUUGAAGACUUGGUGGACGCCUGCUUUGCUAACCUUCUGACGACCAAUGAGGAUGAGAAAUGGGACUGGCAGACCAUCCUGUACAUCGUGGAGGACCUGCUGGGCGGCUCCAUGGCUAUCAGCAACAUCGUGAUGCGCCUCCUCGCUCACAUCCUGCAGAACCCACACGUGAUGGACGCCCUCCGCGCUGAGAUCGAUGAGAAGAUCGGGCGUGAGCGCACCCCCACACUGCAGGACCGCCACGAGAUGCUGUACAGCCAGGCCGUGCUAUACGAGGUGCUCAGGGUCACCUCCUCCCCUGUGGUGCCCCACGUGGCCACUGAAGACUCCUCUGUGGGAGGUUACGCCGUCAAGAAGGGAUCCAUCGUUUUCCUCAACAACUUCGAGAUGAACUCCUCCCCCAACCUGUGGGACCAGCCCGACAAGUUCAUGCCCGAGAGGUUCCUGAAGGACGGCUGCAUCAAGAAGCCCGAGUACUUCAUCCCCUUCAGCACCGGCAAGCGGUCCUGCGUGGGCUCCAAGAUGGUGGCCAACACCGCCUUCAUGGUGGUCACCACACUGCUGCAGCGCUACAACAUCGCCAUGGCCGACCAGGCCACCCCAGACCUGCCCCAAGGCAAGAUCUCCCUGGACUGGAACCCCUUCCAGCUGGUGUUCACUCCACGCGAGUGAACUGACUCGCAGACACCGCGUGUGAACCGUCUGCAUCCUCGUGACUCGGGCUGCUGACUGGCUACAACAAUCGUACACAUUGGAAACUGAUCAAGCUUUGGUCACCUGUCAUCCAAAACUAGUACAAAGUUAUGGUUUCGCCAUCACUGAAGCGCCUCAAGGAAACAUUCGGAAACUCUCUCGCAGAGGCCGAGAGUUGGUGUUGAGUGCCGGCCUGCGCACACCACCGCGCCCUGUCUCUCAGGCCACGUUGUCUUCUUACUCUCGCUUCUUUCCUGGCUAAAAAGUUGUCCAUCAAAAUUCUCUCUCUCUCUCUCUCUCUCUCUCUCUCUCUCUCUCUCUCUCUCUCUCUCUCUCUCUCUCUGGCGCCUGAGCACUUCCCCGGGAGAGUGGCGGCAACACGCCUCAGAGACGGGCGAGGCUGCCUCUCAAAGUACGUGAUUCACGGGUCGCAUUAACUCACUACGCUUUAUAAGAUAACAGUUAACUCGGCACCCGAGGCGACGCGGCUCCUGGGCCGACACCACUACCACCACCACCACCACCACCCAGGGGCACGUGCCAGCCUCCCGCCCACCAACAGUUAGGGAACCGACGCGACGCGUGUCACUUCAUAUUUCAACUUUGCAAAUCAGCUUUGAUUAGUGAUUUUGAAGUUACUUACUUCACAGUGAAAUUCUGCGUCUACUUUCCUACACUGAUAGCUUUUAUGAUUUUUCCCACAAUUGUCUCUGUCUUUUGCCGCCUGGCCUCGCCUGGACUCACCUCGCUUCGCCUCGCCUCGCCUGGCCUGGCCUCGCCUCGCCUGGCCUUGCCUCGCCUCGCCUGGCCUGGCCUGGUCUGGCCUCGCCUGGCUCUCUCUUAUAAGUCUUCCCACAACUGUCUCUCUUCGCCAAGCUUGGCCUGGCCUGGCCUGGCCUGCCCUGGCCCUCUCUUUCCUCCUCGCUUGGUGCUCGCCGCACCUCCGUGCCAAGAUCUUUGCCAUCAACACUGCACACUUUGCGAUCAACAACACUCUUUACACUCUAAAGACUCUUUCUCGUUAAUCUUGAUAACGUUAACCUGAAGCCUUUAGUCGCUAGAUCUAACGGAGACACUUGCACUAGCUGUGGGUUCAACUAGUCCCUGAUAUUGUUGUUGACGGCGGCGAGCCCCGCGGGCUGGUUCCCUGACACAGCCGCCCCGCGGGGCACCGCCGCUCACACAUUUAAUGUUACGUUAAUAGCUUUAGCUCUACAUAUAUAAAAAAAAGCAUUUGAUAAUAAAAGGAUUGCUGAAUGAUGCAGCGCCGCCACUAGCGUGCCCGCGUCCCGCUGCCGCCCCGCCGUGCCGCAGCCUCGUGGGCGCCACUUGUUUACUCUUAAGUGUUCGAGCGAUCCUCCCAUGACAACGCCUUCAUCGCUACCAGCACUCAGACUUCCCAGUGGCUGCCGCACCCACCGCCGCGGCCAGGCCUGCCCCGCGCCGCGCCGGCCAAUAGGCAGCCCCGCCAUCCAUCCUUCAUCCUCUGCCCCGCGGCCCACCGGCCCCCACUCUCCCUCCUCACGCUGUCGGAGGCCCCUCAGCGGCCGCGCCUGUAACCCAUCUCUCCUGUAUUUAUUUUGACAUCUAUUGCAUCUGUUGUGUUUCAUACCAUUUGUGCUUUGUACUGGAAUAAAAGAUUUGAUACUGAA